CUGCCAUUUGACAUUCAAAAAAUGGAAAAAAGGCGUCGCGUCCUCCGCCUGAGAUUGUUACCUUUGUCCAUCUCCCAUGUCGUGCGCUAGCACUGCAGAAAAGGCAUUCAUUCUUUUAGACUGCGCAAGCAACAAUGCCAUACGAAACAUCGCGAUACCCUCCUCCGGGGGAUGCUUACCGCCCACCCCGUCGCAACCGUCGCAGCGACCGUAGGGAUCGCGAUGCGCGAAGCAGGAGCGGCCCGCCAGCACCGCCCCGAGAUCACUAUGCCCCCCGUCCUCCCUCCCCGUCUUAUCCAAGCCCUCCUGGAGUCGACAACUACCGGCCUCCCGAGAGCGAUUUUACCUUUCGCGUCGACAAACCCGCUGGCGUCCAAGAGGCCGAUACGUAUCGCCCGCGGAGCAAGCGGGAAACGCGCAACGAUCACGGCGACGAUCCGCGCGCUGCCAAAAGAUUUCGUGGGCCAUCCGACCGCUCCUCCAAACAUGGAAAUGCCGCUCGCCCAUUUCGUGACAAUCGGCCUGGGGGUUCUGGCGGGCGGUGGCGGCCUUUCAUCGCCGCCGAGCGCGCGUUGCUCAAGGCAGACCACAACAACACUGGCACUGAGGUUGCCUUCUUCAACACCGAAGGAGGGGUAACCUAUCGGCCUCUGAACGAACUAUCAGAUAGUGACGAGGCCGAAAUGGACAUCUCGGGCGACGAGGCCCAGGCAUCCGAGGAACCAUCAGCCAAGCGUGCACGGCUGACCGUGGCCCAGUCGGCUUCUGACAAUAACACGCCGAAGUGGUCCAACCCGGACCCCUACACGGCGCUGCCUCCAGAGACAACGACGCAAGGGAAAAAGAAGGACGUGGUGCAGAUGAUUCGCAAGGCACGCAUCCAGUCAAGCCAAGUCCGGACUUCCCUCCCCUCUGAAGCGGCAGACUUCAUCUCUUUUGACGCGGAUGAGAGCGAGGCUUCUGAUCACGAUGACGACCACAACGAUGAGCCGCAGUCUGCGGAAGCAGCCACACUAUCCGCCGCCGCUCCCACGCCAAGGGCGCAACCAGAUCUUCGGUUGCCUCCCAAACCUGUCCCCGUCAAGCCGACGAAGACACCAGUGCUUUUGCCGGACCCCACGCCGUCCGUUUUUGGGACACGAAAGCGGACUCAUGACGAUGAGAUCAAGAUGCCGCAUACGAGAAUUAAGCAGGCUACCAAGACGCCUGUUGACGGCGGUAUCAGGAGCGAGUGGCUUGCGGACCCCGAGCUUACUCCGACUCCUUGGAUGGUAGUCGACCACUCGCAGUCGGCAAAUAUGGCCGUCUGGCUGCACAAGGAAGUGGUUGACUUUUAUGAGUACAUCAAGCCGCGGGAUUUUGAGGAGCGUCUGCGGGGUGAGCUGGUCGAGCACCUGAAGACGUUUUGCCGGAAAACGUUCAAAGACGCUGAGGUGUAUCCCUUCGGCUCCUUCCCGUCCGGCCUCUACCUGCCUACAGCUGACAUGGACCUGGCGUUCAUAUCUGACAGCUACGCGAAAGGCGGCGUUCCUCGAUACGGUACCAAGUCGUUUCUUUACCGGUUCCGGAGCCAGCUGAAGAACCAUAGAAUUGCGUGGGAAGACGAGAUCGAACUGAUCGUCGGUGCCAAGGUACCGCUGGUCAAGUUCAUCGAGCACAGGACGGGACUUAAGGUUGACAUCUCGUUUGAGAACCGGACGGGGCUGACGGCCAUCGAGACGUUCAAGGCAUGGAGGGAGCAAUAUCCUGGCAUGCCGGCGCUGGUCACUCUGAUCAAGCAUUUCCUCCUGAUGCGUGGCCUAAAUGAGCCAGUCAAUGGAGGUAUCGGCGGCUUCUCUGUCAUCUGUCUGGUGGUGAGUAUGCUACAGAUGAUGCCGGAGGUUCAAAGCGGCAAUCUGGACACCAGACACCACCUCGGCCAGCUGCUUUUGCACUUCUUCGACCUCUACGGCAACAAGUUUAACUACCAGACCGUUGCCAUCAGCAUGAACCCGCCUCGGUACAUUCCAAAGCAUCAAGUGACAACGUUCGCAUACAAGGAUCAUAACCGGCUCUCGAUAAUCGACCCCAACAAUCCAGCGAACGACGUGUCCGGCGGAUCCAGCAACGUGUCCACCAUCAUGGCUCAUUUUGCGAGGGCGCACCGGGAGCUCACGCAGCGCAUGACCCGGCUUGCCCAGGAUGAGAACAGGAAGGGGAAAAGCAUCCUCGAGGUGAUCCUCGGCGGCAAUUACUCCAGCUUCGAAAUUCAGCGCCGUUACCUGGAGCAGCUUGCCAAGGAAGGCGAUCGGCGCAAAGACCCGGACCAUCGGCCGGCGCGCCAGGGCAGUCGCGCCGCGGGACAGCAGCCCUCGAAUCAAAGGGCGUAUCAGGAGAGGAACGGCGGAUGGCGGGGUAGGAGGAGAGCCUCAUGACGAGAGCCCAAACGCCAGGGUGCGCUAGCUCCGCAUGGGAAACGACUUCUAAGAACUUCGGCAAACCACAUUUGAGGACAUUCUGACGGCGACGGCGUUUUUGACGCGGUGGGCAGGAGCACUUGCGCGCACCACCCAACCGGCUGUCCGCCAGACGCGUUACGAAGACAGCGACAUGGAGUUGAGGCAUGAUACAUUGAGAUACCCUCUUAUACCGCUCCGGUCAUCUUAUCCUUUUCCCCAUCCCA